CAGUGCUCAGUGUGGUGGGGAGACCAGCCCUUGCCGACCAGGGCCCCAGGUCCAGUGAUCUUGUGAGUGGGGUCUCAGUCCUGCACCAGGGAGGGGAGGGGUGAGGACUGGGACUUCUCUGCACAUUAGGGGCAACUGCUUCUUCUGUGAUGUCCCUGCCCCCCAAAGUUUUCCAGGACACAAAUCUCCAUUUUUAUUACCAAAAUAGUAUUUGAAGUUCUCUUUCAAAGCGGGUCACACACAUAUUUGCGGGAUGCUCAGAACAAGUUGAAACAGUGAGAACGUCUUUCCUUCACAGCAGGUUCAGAGCCUCACCCCCGGUGGCUGUGAUGAACCAGACAUUGGUCACCGAGUUCCUCAUUCUGGGAUUCUCAGAAACACCUCAGCUGCAAAUGCUCCUCUUUCCUGUCUUCCUCCUCCUCUACAUGGUGGCCCUCUCUGGAAACCUGCUCAUCAUGGUGGCCAUUGGCUCCUGCCCUGCCUUGCACACCCCCAUGUACUUCUUCCUGGUAAACCUGGCCGUGGUGGACAUCCUCUGCACCUCCACGAUCCUGCCCAAGCUGCUGGGCAGCAUGGUGGCUGACAGGACCAUCUCCUACGGGGGUUGCAUAGUGCAGCUUUUCUCCUUCACGUGGUCUCUGGGAGCUGAGCUGCUGCUGUUUUCCGCCAUGGCCUAUGACCGCUACGUGGCCAUCUGCUGGCCCCUGCGCUACAGCACCCUCAUGGACUCCCGGGUUUGCAGGCUCUUGGCCGUGGCCGUGUGGACCAUCAGCCUGGCCAACACUAGUGUGAACACCGGCCUCCUGCUGCACCUGCCCUUCUGCCAUUCCAACGUGGUCGAGCACUUCUUCUGCGAGAUCCCCCCUCUGCUGAAGCUCGCCUGUGCCCCGACACGCCUGAACGAGGCCAUGGCCUUCACUGCAGACGUGAUCCUGGCCUUGGGGAACUUCUCUGUGAUCAUGCUCUCCUACGGCUGCAUCAUCGCCAGCAUCCUGCGCAUCCGCUCGGCCUCAGGCAAGCGACGGGCCUUCUCCACCUGCUCCUCCCACCUCCUGGUGGUCUCCCUGUACUACUGCACUGUCAUCUACACCUACAUCCGCCCAGCAUCCAGAUACUCGUUGCACAAGGACAAGGUGGUGUCUGUGAUCUACACUUCGGUGGCGCCCUCCCUGAACCCCCUUAUCUACUCCCUGAGGAACACGGAGGUCAAAGCUGCCCUCCGGAGGCUGUUCUCCUGA